AUGUUUAGCAAAAACCCCUUUCGUCGUAAAGACAGCGAGUCUAGAAAGAAUCGAGACUAUCGAGAUGAUCAAACAGAGGCACCAAGGGGAGGUUCAAGAGCUUCAUCGAGAUCUCGAGAUAACCGCAAACAAUCUGACGUAGCCUCCCAAGCUCCAAGAGUUCCGAACAUGGGUUAUCUUAGAAGGACCCUCAAAGAAUUUGCAUGCAUGCCUGGAUUGGCGGAAGACAUUGGUCCUCUCUUACAUGAAGUGAAAAUAAAAUUAGAAAAAUUACACGAGAUCGAUGGGAUUCUAAAGGGACGAAGCAAGGUUGGAAUUAAUGUUGAAAAAUGCACGGAACAUCUUGUAAAAGCUCAGCAAAUCCAUUGGAAAAUUGAGAACUCUAUCAAGAAUGAAGAUAGAGAACUCAAGAAAGGAGGGUCGGUGCAGACAGAAGGGGAUGCAACGGCUUAUGAAAAAGCAUUUAAAGAUGCUAACGGGUGA